AUGUUGCACACCGACCGCAACAUCGACAUUAUCGUUUAUGGAGCGACUGGCUUCACCGGAAAACUAGUCUGUCAGCAUCUUCAAAAACGAUACUUGGAUCCAUCGGCGGAAGAGAAAUUAAAUUGGGCUAUUGGAGGUCGAUCGCAGGAGAAGUUGGAGAAGGUCAAAUCGGAAUUAGGACUACCCAAGGAUCUCAAAGUCUUUGUAGCAGAUUCCCAAGAUGAAAAGGCCUUGCACGAGAUGUGCAAACAGUCUAAAUCACUCGUUACUCUCGUCGGGCCUUAUGCUUUGUACGGGGACAAGCUUGUGGCGGCAUGUGUGGCCAAUGGGACGCACUAUUUCGACUUAACUGGCGAAACCCUUUGGGCCUCUCGUCAGAUUUCAAAACUUGAAAGUCAGGCAAGAGAAAACAAGGCAAUGAUCGUCCAUAGUUGUGGCUAUGACUCGGUGCCUAGUGAUUUGAACGCAAUGCUUGCUGUAAGAGAACUGAAAAAAGUCGCCGGACAAGAUGUCAAAAUUGGUCGGGUAACCGCAGGUGCUAAGGCGAAAGGGGGAGUCAGUGGCGGAACGAUCGCAAGCAUGCUUAAUAUGUAUGACGAAGGUGUCUCGCAAUUACGCAGAGCAAUGUCUUGCUACCUCUUAAGUCCGGUCAAGGGACACCAAAAGAAAGAUCCUUCCUGGGUUACUAAAGAGCCUGGCUUAGUCGGUGGGUUUUUCAUCAUGGCUCCCCACAAUGGGGCUAUCGUACGUCGAUCUUGGGGAUUGUUAGAAGCCUCCCCCGACAGUGCAGUUAAGAAUGAAAGAUACGGCGCCAAAUUCUCCUAUGACGAAUAUCUCAUCACUCCCGGUCAAGUUGCUGGAUUUCUCCUUACGCUAUUCUUCAGGAUCUUUGCUUUGGUUAUGCUGGUUCCGCAAGCCAGAUCAAUGGUGAAGAAAUAUGCGACCCAACCCGGGGAUGGACCCGAUGAAAUAACCAGGAAAAACGGGUAUUUCAAGCAUAUAACCACUGCCCAUUCAGUUGAGGAUGAUGUCCAAGUCAGAGUUACUAUGAGCGGAAAUGUUGAUCCGGGUUACGCCUGGACAGCAAUCAGCAUCGCUGAAUGUGCCGUUACCUGCGUGCGGGCCCAUAAUAAGCUACCGCCUCUGGCUCAGCAAGGAGGAUUCUUAACCCCAUCCACUGCUCUGGGCGAUGCCUUAUUGGAUAGGUUGAAAUCGACUGGAACAACCAAAAUAGAAACCCAAGUCCUUCGCAAUGAUCGUAAAAAGACGAAUUGA